AUGUGUACUUUUGCUUUUCAUCAUGGCCUUUGCAGGUUAGAGUUGGUCCAUCAUGGUGAGCUUGUAGAGGGCCGGGCUUCUUCGAGAGAUGGUGGCCGACAGGCCUUCAUCCGCUCAGAGAUCAACGGAAGGCGAAGCAGACGCAUAGUACUGUUUGCUUUCUUCUGCGCGGAUGCUGUAGGAGGGGCUCUUUGGGCUUUCUGGUGCGAAGACGGCGCCCGCCACAGCGACAUUCCCCUCGAGGAGUCUCAGCACUAUGCGCGAUCUGCAUGUCGAUCCUUUGGCGUGAACCACUACCUGCUCUGGGGAGGAGGCAUCCCCUUGGAAGGGCUAGUUCUUUGGAUGGCUGGGCGUGAUCCCUGGUCAUUCUGGUCUGAUGCGUGGCUGCUUCCCGUGUGGCUGGUGAGGCUUGGCCUAUUGGACGUUCUGCUGUGGAACGUACCUCCGCAGAUCCUCGUGGGCGAUGCCUUGUGGUUCUCCGCCAUUGCCGUGAUGUGCCGCGUGCAUUCCGUGGUGCUUUGGAUCCUGGUUGCUUUCGAAGUCUGCUCGCUGAUGCUAGUGCUGGCAUAUCAAGGCGGCUUGCUGGAUUUCUUUGCCUUUGAUCAUGUUCGGUACGGCAUGUACAGCGUGGCCAUGCUCAUCAUCAUGGCCGGUGCGUACUUUCUGGAUGAGCAGUCGCGCCUGCAAUCCUUUGAGCAGGCCAGAACAUCUGUGUGA